AUUAAAAGACCGAUAAACCCGAUUCAACUCAAAUUUAUAUAUAUAUUUGCAGGCACACCAAGUGUUUGAGGAAACGCCUGUGAGAAAGAAUAUGAUGGGCGGUGUGCCGCAGCCACUCAGGGCCUUGGGUGCUGCAACUGCUAUCAUAUCCGGCGGAAUGUUAGCUCUCUCUCUCGCUUCCUCUCUCACCAUGCGAACGCUUCGAGCAGCUGCCGACGCUAAACGCAAAAAGGUUGCAUUGCCUUGUGGAGUUUGUAGAGGAAAAGGCUAUUACAUAUGCAAGCUAUGCAAGGGAAACUCCACAAUCGAAUGGUCUCCUCUGUAUGACCCUGUUGUUAUAAACCCUUGUGUUUGCCCUACUUGUGAUGGAAACAGGGUACAAAAAUGUCUCAACUGUUUGGGAAAGGGCUAUAAUUGACUUGUAAGACGUGAAUCAUAUUAUUUGUAAGUUUCUGUGUUCCAUUCUAUUUGCUAAUUCCUUUUUCUGCCUAUUGGACUCAUGCACUUUUUAAUUGAUGGAAUAUAUAUAUAUAUAUAUAUAUAUAUAUAUAUAUAUAUAUAUAUAUAGCAUAGCUAGCUAUUAGUAAGAAAGAUGUGUCUUGCUUCUCCCAAGUUAUGUUAGCCAGAAGUUUUUGAAUUCAUUAUCAUGUCUAGCUUGUAUUCGGAGUUCCUACUACUCCUGCUACUCCCAAGUUAUGUUAGCCAGAAGUUUUUGAAUUCAUUAUCAUGUCUAGCUUGUAUUUGGAGUUCCUACUACUCCUGCUGCUCCCUCAAAAUUUUCUUGGAAAUAAAUGCUGAUUGUGUGAAGAUUCUGUGUCUCCCUACCUAAGCUAAAAGUAACGAGUUUGACUAAAAUGAAAUUUAUUGGAUGAGAAAUCUAUACCUAAGAGAAAACCUUGAAACUAGAAUCUUUACUUAAAAACGAUUAUAAUAAAAUGAACAAACAUGGAUCUACACCAUUGACAUAAAGAAGUUGAAGUCUGAAGCUGAUUGCAAAUUUUAAAAUGUGCAAUUAAACUGCAUGAAUGGAAUAGGGUAUAGCAUAUUAUGUUAGCCAAAGCAGUAGCCAAAUCAAAAAGGGGAACAAGAAGAAAUAAGGAAUUAUUCUGGCAGCUAGCAUUGAGUCCAUAAACUAGUUUACAAACAAUGGUAUUGGUUGUGGUUACUGAGCUUCUACCGCUGAGAGUGUUACACGAUUCAAGUAGUGUUUUGGCUGUUCCAUUUGUGAAUCAGUGUCUUGAACACUAAUUAGAGUAUGAAAGUUUGGCUGCUUUUGAGUAGGUAAAAUUGUGUUCUUUCAUUGCUAAGAAUUGAAACAACAUCUGACAUGGUCAGCCAUUCCUCUGCACUUCCUUGGAUGCAUCAGAGACCCACCUGAACACAUAGUGUGAGCUCACUCAUCAAACCUGAAGUAUCCAUCAACUCCAUGCUUUGGCCAUCUUUCCAUAGAUCCCAAGCCUUGACAUGCCAGUAAAACAUAUUCACAACCCUGGCCUACAGUAAUACUUGCAUAUCCUAACAAGUUCGAGUGCAGUCUGCUUGAGAAAAGGCUACAUUUCACCUGCCACUCACAAUCUCAAGCAUGCAUUAUGUUCCUAGGUUGUGCUUGGAGAAGUAGCAAUCACUUGCUGUGUGUUGUUUGAUAGGCAAAAGAAAUAGUGAUCACUCCCAAUGUCCCAACAACCCUUUUUGUGUUUUGCUUUAGAUUCAUUCUCUCCAAAUGUUCUUGCCAAGCCAAAAUCUGAUAUUUUGGAGUACAUGUAAUUAUCGAACAAUAUGUUGCUGGUUUUUAGAUCCCAAUGAAUAGAAGACCUAGAGUAAUUGUGAAGAUAAAAGAAGACCUCGAGCAAUUCCUUCAAUGAUGUGAAAGCGAUUUUCCCAAUCUAGUUGUGUUUUCUGGGUCAUAUCUGUAUCAGUUAUAUAUUCAAAUUGCUUGAAAUUAGACAAACCCGAGGGGUAGCUCAAUUGGUCCGGCCUUCCUAAUGGUCACCAAUUCGAAUCCCCUCAAGGUCAUUGGAGGUUUAUCGAUCGUUAAUUUUAGGGUCUCAUGGGAUUAGUCGAGGUGCGCGUAAGCUAACCCGAACAUCCACGGUUAUUAAAAAAAAAAAAAGUUGAAAUUAGACAACAAAUUAAAAAGUAAAAAACAAUUAUGCAUACACCAACUGAAAUCCAAGCUUUUGUUUGGCAUGUAGUCAUAAAUCAACAUUUUUCUUUUCAACGAAUGCAACUACCCAAAAGCCUGACUAGAAACAAACGUCAUUUUUAGGUCAUGUGGUGCCUAAAAAUGGAUUCAUCCAGAUUAAUUGAAAUGCGUGUAAUGUAAGGCAAGGCGACACCUCGAUGAAUAUAAUAAACAUAAAAUUUUCAUGAUAAGUAACUCUCAAAUUGAGUGGCCCACGUGUCAAACCGACAAACAGGGUCCACCAUAUCUUGAUGAGGUGUCAUCCAUGUGCUGACUUUUCUCCCAACCCACUCUCUUUUCCAGCGGGUCCCACUCAUGACGUGUUCCGCUAAGCUCAUUGGUCGGCGACCAAAAAGACCAUACGGGAUCACCUUCUGUUCUUUUCAGGUGAGGUUCAGCGGUCCACGUGUCUCGCCAGACCCCAGGCAACACAAGUUUUAAAUAAUAAAAAAGAGUUGUCAAUGUACACGUGUCCUAGACUUUACUUAACUAAUAAAAAAUUCAAAAUUUUAAUAUUGAUUAAUUUCAACUAAUAGAAAAUGGAAAAAUUAAUCAAUUAGCAUACAUAUUUUAAUUAAUUUCAGUUUUUCAAUAAUUAAAGAAUUAUAAUAAAACAUUAUAUCUGCAUGGAAGCAAAUUUGUGAAACUUAGAUAAUAUCAGAAAAUUUUUAAAACAUUUUUCUUUUUCAAUUCUAAAUUUAUAAUUUCUUAUAUUUUAUAUAUGAUUUAUUUUUUAUUUUUUUAUUUAUUGAGAGGAGUAUUUGUUUCCAUCACAAAAAUAUAUUUUUUCUUAAUUACAUUACAAUUUUUUAAAUUAUCCCAAAAUAUCUCAUAAAAGAAAAACACCAAAAGGUACGUUGAUAUCAAUUAAACACCAAAAGGUACGUUGAUAUCAAUUAAUAAUAUAAGCGGAUGCAUGUGGUAGAAUGUAAUUUCACAAUCACUGUCUCCACGUGGCUGGAGCAAUCGUUGAAAUAUUUAUUAACGGUAUCAUUUUUGUAUUAUUAUUUUAUUAUAUUCCUUGCAGAUAAAUAAGUAAUUAUAAAUAAAUAAACAAGCUGAGUGGUAAAACCGUAAUUAGAAGCAAUGUGGAGCCCAAGAGGCAAGGGCUUUAGCUUCACUCUCUGUCUCGUCGGAGGAGGCCCCAUUGAUCGAAGAAACUCGAGCUCGUCUGCAGCUUCAAUGCCCAAUUCCAGACGCGUCCGCCCUUCCGUUUAGCUUAGCUAGGGCGGCGGCCAUAAUGGUGUCAUUUCCAUCGACCAAGGUAUCGGAUUCUUGAAACUUGGGUCUAAGAUCUCAGAGCUCUGCCUCAAUACCCGCUCCUUCUCUCUCAAAUAACGCCUUCCUGAGUCGGAUCCUGUUCACGGUUACACCGACAAUCUCAUUUUGAUCUCCACCGAAGACGACGGUAGUUCCAUGGUCGAUGAGUGGAGGAUAAGAUCGAAUUGUACGGACAGCAAACAAGAUUGCAGAUUUUCGUUUGGAGUGAAAAUGGGUACGUUAACGCGAAUCUCCCUGUGAAUUGUAUUGAAAGCAUAAUUGAUAAUGCCUGUGGAAAAAAAAGGGUUUGGUGUGAAACGCGUUUCAAUUUCGAAAUUGUUUUGGACUCCAGUUUGAUACUAAGGAAAUCAACAAUCCGGCGACUGUUGGGGCCGGAAUCCGGCCAGAGUGAAUUAA